CUCACUUCUUUCUUUUUCUUUUUCCUUCCUUCCGUCCCUCCCUCUCCUUCCUCUUCCCCAUUCCUUCCUUUCUUCCCUCCUUCUUUCCUUCCUUCCCCUUGUUUUCCUUGCUUCCUGUCUUUCCCCUCCUUCCUGUUCUCCAUUCCUUCCUUUCCUCUUUCCCUCCUUUCCUUGCUUCCUCCCCUUUCAUUUCCUCCUUCCCUCUCCGACCCUUCCUCUUUCUCUCUUUUCCUCCCUCCCUUUCUCUCUUCCCUCCUUUCCUUCCUUCCUCCCCUUUCCCUUGUUUUCUUUGCUUCCUGACAUUCUCUCCUUACUCCAUUCCUUCCUUUCCUCUUCCCUCCUUUCCUUGCUUCCUCCUUCCCUUUCUUCCUUUCCCUCUUCCCCUCUCCUCCCUCUCUCCCUCCUUUCCUUCCUUCCUCCCCUCCCCUUCUUUUUCUUGCCUCUUUCCUUCCUUCCCUCUCCUCCUUCCCGUCUUCUUCCUCCCUUACUUCCCACUUUCCUUCCUUCCAGGGCAUUUUCUUUGCCGCCUGGUUGGUGCAGAAAAGAUGUCCCGCGUCCCCUUGGGAAAAGUCCUUUUGCGGAAUGUCAUUCGCCACACAGACGCCCACAACAAGAUUCAGGAAGAGUCCGAAAUGUGGAAAAUACGGGAGAUGGAGAAGCAGAGCCAAGAGAUACACUGGGGCACAGACCAGAGGACUCUUCUGAACAGCUCCAGCAGCCGGAUGCGUAGCGAUGGCUUUGAUGAGGACAGCCAGCAGGCGACCUGCAGGACAAGGAACAUGCCGGUUAUGGCAGUGACCAUUGAAGAUGACCUUCGACACGCCCGGUACUGGAACAAGAAACUCUACGAAUGCGAAGCUAACAUGCCGGACAGAUGGGGUCACAGUGGCUACAAAGAGUUGUAUCCAGAAGAAUUUGAUACAGAGAGUGACCGGGAACCAGACGAACAAAACUCCGUGAAUGGCAAAAGAAAAUCCCAGUCGGACAAGCCGAGUUCCGCGAAGCUGCACAAAAGGAAAAAGGCCAAAAAGUCACACAAGAAGAAGCAGAAAAAGAAAUCUCACAAGAAGAAAAAGAAGAAGAAACGUGAGACGGGGGCGGCUUCUUCCCAGGAGUCUGAGUGUUCGGAGGGAGAGCCCCCCAAGAGAAAGAAGAAGCGCCACGCGAAGAGCAAGAAAGCCUCAGAGGGGCCUCCCGCCUCCUCCUUGGAUCCAGGCAGCGGCUCCAGCAAAGCCAGCAGCUGCCUCUCCAGCCGGGAGAGUGGGGAGAGUGACUCAGAGGAGCCGGCCAGGAAGAGGCGGAAGCGCCAGGCUUCCCUGUCCGAAAGAGCGGGCGACAGGGCGCCGGAGAAGCGCAGCAAGAGGAAGAACUGGAAAGUAGCAGCUGACGAGAACUCCGAGGACAGCUCGGAGGAGGAUUAGAACCCAGCUCCAGGACAGAGCUUUCCUCCCGACACAGCCCUGCUUGGAACAAACUCGGGUUGGGUUCCGCUGGCAGGGGCAGGGGUUAAUUUGAGUUUUCCCGUGGGCCAGAGAGAAAAAACAAAGGCUUGGAUUCCUUUUGCCUGCCACGGAUUCUAGCCGGACAGUCCCUUUGUGCCCUCCCCCCAAAUCGGGAUGGACCUUCCAAUGGCAAAGCUCCGCUCUCGAAGGCGGCAGGAACACUGGAUGGUUUAGUCUUCCCCCUUUUGCCUUUGAAAAUCACCUGGAGUUUAAUUUUUUUUUUUAUUGGCGAAGACUCGCAGACAAAUUGCAAUAAAAGCAUGAGGGAGAGAGGUGAGGCGGUAGGCAGGUCGUGCUCUCCAAUUUGAACGCGUCCUCUCCUGUAGAGGUAAGGGGGCAGAGUGGCUCGGAGUAAACCAUGCAGACCCCACUGCAGCCUCAGGGCGGGCUAAGGGGUCACCUCGUGAAGUAACGGGAAGCCCCUGCCUCUCCCCGCCUGGAAGAAUGCAGGUCAUCCUAUCCAUUCACUUGCCCUUGGCUGGCUGAGUCCUCUUCUUAAAUUAUCCCUUGCUGCCAGAAGUUAAUUCCGGAGAAAGUGCCGAACCCUCAGCGUCUUGCAGCCAUUAAUAGGAUGAGCCACAGGGGAGGAUCUAUCUUUGCGUACGGUGCCGAAUUAAGUGCCAGGUUAUGGGUAGCAUUUCUUCCUUUGUUUUUGGUAAAGCUCUUCCAUGCUUUUCUAAUGUCGGUUAAGUGGCUGUGGAAGGACUCUGAAGAACAUUCCCAGGGUACAGCCCAAAUCACAUCUGCCUCCUACCUCCCCAGACAACUGCACUUCUGCGAGAGAGACUGGGCACCCUGUCAAGAGUUCAGAGCUUCCUUAACACACUGUACUUCCUGAAAUACCGGGGAAGCCUUGAGAUUAACAAAACAAAGAGAUUUGCUAAAUAUGCCUUUACUCCUCAAAAAUACACUGAGCAGGUUUGUUGAAAACUGAAGGCACUAACACAGAACAGUUCUCUAUUGCUGCCCAUCCCCAAUUGCCCUUCACAAAAGUUUUGGAAAAUACUCCCUUCAACCUUCUGCCAACUUUGUAUUUAACACUUCUUCUUUUUUUCCUGGUCUCCCUGAACACAUUUGUCUAAUAUUGAACGUCUGUGGAAUGACCCUGUUCUAAAAUGUAGAAUAAUAAGCUGGGCUUUUUUUUUCCUUUUUUUUUUUUUUCCGGUCCUUUGUGUACAGGGAUAUAAAAAGUAUUUUUGGAAAUAAUUGUUGCUUACGAGAAGCAAAGCCAUUGAGAUUAUUUCUAUGAAAACUCAAAAACUUAUUUUUUUAUACAUACAAAAACACUGGCAUGAGUUGAUUUAAAUGGUCUGCAGAAAUAAACAGUGUUGACUUUAGCCAAAAAA